GAAGAAGUAAAGGAUGAUAAAAAGGGGAAAAAGAAAAAAGAAGAAUCGUUUGAAAUUCUCGAAAAUAUGGCACGUGUUUUACCAGCACAGUUACAAUAUAUUUCUUUCCCUGAGACUUCUCGCUAUGUUCCUGUAAAAAAGGGUUCUAUCGGUGGAAUUCUGAUGAUGAUAGAUAGACGUCCCGGUGAAAAAGAAGAAUUAAUUUCGCCAAGCACACCAGUUGCAGCGACAGAAGUGACGGAAGAAGAGGAGGCAUCACCACCGGAACCUUUCGAAUAUCCAUUUGAAGAUUGA